CAAAGAUACUUGCACCCACUCAAGGACUAGCUAUAUCUCCUUGAUCAAGAAGUCAAAAAAUUGUUACUGAAAGAAAAGAAGGAAAAGCUUCAAAAUAUUCUUUUAGAUAUCAUAUAUCCUGGUUUAUCGCCUGUCUUCUUGAGGGAAAACAGACCGACACUCAAAGAAAGUAAGCUUGUUCUCGACUCUACGUUGAGAGAAAAGAAGAAAAAAUGUCGAUGAAGAUCUUGACACGAUGCACCAAGGCCGCGUGGGUGGCUGUGUGUGUGUGUGUGUGUGUGUUGAGUGUGCACGCACUUGACGUGCAGUCUGAUUAUGCAAAGCGUUGCCCAAAAACAUUCUGUAGUUUACAGGGCAACCCGCGUAUCUGUGUUGGGCGGUGGGGCACGGGUAUCCACGACGGCUGUAACUGCGAGUGGGUCAAUAACGGCUGCAAAGUAUCUUUCUCUUUCUCUUUUUUCUCUUUGCAGUGGUUGGAAAUCCUUCGGCAUUCAAUUUGGCUUUUCUCUCUGAUAAAGCAAAAAAGACGAUGAUGAGAUAGGGGACACACAGCACGAACACUUAGCAUGACACGUUUUUGUUGCUUCGAUCAAGUACACCACAAAUUUAUUCUUUUUUAGGAAUCAGCAGCAGGACAAAGAGAAAGAGAAGCAGCAGAAGCAACAGAAGAAAGAGACAAACAAAAAAAAGCAAAAUCAGAUGCCACAGCGGCAGGGCAAAGGGAGGAGGCUAACGCAGCGGUGGCUGCCUUAAUAGCACAAAGGCAAGCGCGAGCUGAACGGGGAUCGGCAUUCCUGGAGCUGCAACCUCCGGUGGAGCAAAUAUAAACUGCAAAUCCAGACCAAGGUGCAGGACAAGAGGAGGGUAAGCAAAGUUUCUUGGAUUAUCUCAACUUCUGGACCACUAGACUAAGAUAUCUCUUUAUGUAAUACGAGUAGAAGAUAACAACUCACAGCAAUUUUCGAGGAUGGAAGUUGGACUAGAGGCUAAGUAGAUGAUUUGAUCAAGAGAUUGGGAUUAGGGAAUGAUUUCACGGCACUCACUAAAUUUUCACAGCAAUGAAAGCAGUACUACUCGACUACACUUAUAUUCUAUCGCAAAACACUACUCCACGAUGGCGACAAGUCAACCGAUUAUAUCGCUGUUAUCGAUAAAAAGACACUAAUACAGACAGUUAAGGCGUUCUUACUCAGUAUUCGCGUUUUCAUCUUUUUGUUCACUUCUUACAACGAAUUACACAAGCGCUAUCACAUUAACCAAAGAUCCUCCACUGAUUAUCACAUUAACCAAAGUUCUACUUUCACUGGGAAUUAUUAAAAUUAGAACUACUUAGCGUUAGCUCAAAGGCAACAACGACAACGUGGAUUAUUCUAGGAAAAAAUAGAUGGAAAAAAAUACACUUACUAGUGACUUCAAAGAAGGUUUUAUAAUCUUCAUGAUUGAUUAUAAACUCCCCACAACCUCCAGACACUCAGAUCAGACAAUGAUGUUGAGUUAUGCUUAUGAUGUCCAGAAGCAGAAUAUCCUACUAUCGCGCCAUGAUCGAUGGCGGGGAGUAUGCUUUCACCGUGGAGAUUUUCCUGUUGUGACUGUGAAAAGAGGGUGGAAGUUCGUUGGAGCGAUACCAUGUUGAUAGGUCUGCUCAUCUACUGUCCUGAGCCAACAAUAAAAGCCCAUUGAUCUCAUGCCCUCAGCGAACAAUAAAAUCCCGUUGAUCUUCUGCCUUGAAUGAACAAUAUAGAUCAUGCGAUGCGCC